AUGACUCAAAAAUCAUCAGACUCAGCAGUGAAAAUUCUGGAUUUAUUCACUGAAGAUCCAUUGCUACAACGUCUACACCGGUUGUUUACCGUAUUUAGUGAUAAUGAACACCAUAUAAGUCCACAUCAAGCUCAUUUUAUCAUUGGACAGUUGUUCAGGCUAAAUCAUGGAAUCGAGUACGCACAGAACAGUUUACCAACUUUGAUACGAUCCAACGCCAUAACUUUCCAUGAUUUGUUGCGGAUGUGUGAUUUGUUAUUCCCGGAUCGAAAACAGUUCGAACCACUAGUAGACAGGAUUUUUGAGCGAUACGUAGAGUACAUUAUUUGUAAGGGUUUUUUGCUGCACUGUAGCAAAAGUAAUACAAAGAAACGUUGCCUGAUGAGAAACAAUAAUUCUAAAUGGCGAGCCUACUGGUGUACCAUAACACCCGGUGUAAUACAUUUGUGGCCUUUGCAUAAAUCAACAACUGUUCGAAACAGGAGAACUAUCGCUAUCGAUCAAACAUCAUCUGUUCAAAUAGGCACAUUUGAUGAGGAACGAUUUACGUGGUUACUUACCGCAGAAUCGAAGCGAAAAUAUGAAUUUGGUCAUUUCGAUGAACUACGACGAAAGCACUGGAUACUCACAAUGAAUUUGGCUAUAGAGCGAAGAUCUGUGGAGGAUUUGCAGAAGUAUGACCGGGAAUGUUCGCGUAGCACAGAGUACCCUAUAUUACGGGAUAAAAAUUUGUCCUGGAGACUGGCACUUGAAUGUGAAAAUGAACGAUUGAUGCAAUUGCUGGACGAUCAAAGAAGGGCCCUUCGUGAUGAGGAAAUCGUAAGAACAAUAGCUACUAGGAUGCUUGAUGAAGAACGUGAGAGGCGUGAAAAGCUGGAGGAAAAAUUGCAGAGUUUGGUCAGGAAUCGCGAUGGAAAUUGCAACAACAACCCCGGAACGACAAAAGCCUUCCUGGAAGUUUCAAGCUUCGAAAUAUUAGAUAAGAACAUUUCUUAA